AUGGAAUCCCAUUUAGAGCAAAUAGCUAAUAUUCUUGAUAGGGAAGAAAAGACAGUCUCCUAUUUUCCAAUAGAAAAUUCUUUCGGAGAGUCUCUAGCUCGUUUUGAUUUUGAUGACAGUGAUAUAGAUGAGUCGUUGUCUCCCCAUUUCAGAGAAUCACAUUUUUCUUCCAUUGAGGACAAUCCACUUUUAACCCUAUCUUUUUCACCUUGUGUAGAAGUACCCCAUUUGGAGUUAGAACCUUUACCCUCAGAUUGUACUGAUGAGAUUUUAGAUAGGGUCGAGACUAUCUCCAUGGAUACUCCUCCACCUGUUUAUCCAGUGCCUAAGAAAAUAAUGAGUGAGUUGUGUGCCAUCCAGCAUGUUCAUUCCUUCUCAAUACAAUCUUUUGAGAACCGAAAGGAGUUUGCCGACAAGAAGCGGGAGGUUUCCAGCCUCCAGAAGGCUAAUAAAAGUCUACAAUCAAAGAUGAAGACCUUGGAAGAUCAAGCCGAGGAUGCUAUCAAAGCUCAAAACGAUGCCGAAGAAAGGGCAGAAUCCGCCGAGGCCAUAAAGAAGGUUCUUGAGGCUGAGAAGAAGGAGGCUGAGGAAAAGAUGGCCGAGGCCCAAAAAGAACUGCAAGAUGCCUUGGCCACCAAAGACGCUGAGCUGAAGGCUGCCGAUGAAAAGGGCUACAACGAGGGGGUGGCCGAUGCCACGGCUGACUAUGAAAAGCAAGUGAAGCAGGGUGAGGAGGUUCCUAAGGAUAUCACUCCUGAGAAGGCAUCGUCGGAUGCGCCUUUCGCCGACAAGAGCCUUGAUGAGACCCUUCAGGAAAUUGAUGCUGAACUUGCGGCUGAGAAGGCUGCCGAGAUAUCUUCUCAGCAGUCCUCCGAGGUCCAGACCCAACCAUCUGCUGCUGCUGAGGAGUCCUGA